AUGGAUUGGAAAGCAAAUCGAUCAAGCAGAGGUGCCGGAGUUAUGAGGAGAGGAGGAAGUGCAGACAGAGGACAAAUGCACCUCCUAGAUCGUGCGAUAGGGGGGAUAUGGACUGGAAACAGAGAUAGCUGCCCUCUAGAUCAUCCUAUAAGCUGUAAAGCUGUAUACAGGAGGCUCCGGUUGGUAGCACUGACACCGAACUUGGUAACAAUAUAUUAG